CUCCGCCUCCGACCUACCUGCCCAGGUCGGGAGGGGCGGAGGCUGGGAGUCUCGGAACCGCGCCCAUCUCCUUCCUCCCUCCCCCGAGCCCUAGGAGCCAGUCGGGGGAGGCGGCAUGGAGGGGAGGGCUGCCGAGCCUAGGAUCCCGGAGUCCUGGGUUCCGGGGGCGGCCGGAUGUGGGCUGCACCUGCGGUCGGCGCGCUCCAGCCUCUCUAAGCCCGCUGUGGCUCUGUCACCCGCCAGGAGCUCAGCCAUGUGGGCCCCCAGCCAACGGCAGCUCUGUGUGGCUUUCCUGCUAGUGUGUGUCCUUUCAGCCACCUUGUUCCUCUACGUCCACCGAGACCUCUUUCCCAACGGCCUGGCCCUGACGGCCCUGUGUCCAGGCCGCCGCCCGGUGCCAUCCCCUGUGGCCAUCCUCUGCCUGUCCCCCAACACCUCCGCCUGCCCCAAGCCCCCCGCCUCCCUCUCGGGAACCUGGACCAUCCACCCAGACGGCCGGUUCGGUAACCAGAUGGGGCAGUACGCCACGCUCCUGGCCCUGGCCCAGCUCAACAGUCGCCGGGCCUUCAUCCUGCCCGCCAUGCACGCCGCCCUGGCCCCCGUGUUCCGCAUCACCCUGCCGGUGCUGGCGCCCGAGGUGGACAGCCGCACGCCCUGGCGGGAGCUGGAGCUCCACGACUGGAUGUCCCGGGAGUACGCCCGCCUGAGGGACCCCUUGCUGAAGCUCACCGGCUUUCCCUGCUCCUGGACCUUCUUCCACCACCUCCGGGAGCAGAUCCGCAGGGAAUUCACGCUGCAUGACCACCUUCGGCGAGAGGCCCAGGGUCUGCUGAGCCGGCUCCGCCUGGGCCCCACCGGGGACCGCCCUCGCACCUUCGUGGGCGUCCACGUGCGCCGCGGGGACUACCUGCGGGUCAUGCCCCACCGCUGGAAGGGGGUGGUAGGCGAUCGCGCUUACCUCCGGCAGGCUAUGGACUGGUUCCGGGCACGGCACGAAGACCCCGUCUUUGUGGUCACCAGCAACGGCAUGGAGUGGUGCCGGGAAAACAUGGACACGUCCCGUGGGGAUGUGAUCUUUGCGGGCGACGGGCAGGAGGGCUCGCCGGGGAGGGACUUCGCGCUGCUCACGCAGUGCAACCACACCAUCAUGACCAUUGGCACUUUUGGCUUCUGGGCCGCCUACCUGACCGGUGGGGACACCGUCUACCUGGCCAACUUCACCCUGCCCGACUCCAACUUCCUGAAGAUCUUUAAGCCCGAGGCUGCCUUCUUGCCCGAGUGGGUGGGCAUUAAUGCAGACUUGUCUCCCCUCCGCUCCUUGGCUGGGCCUUGAGCAGCGGGGAGACUUUCUGGAAUAGCUCGGGCCAGCGUUCUGGGUCUCCGGAGGCCUAGCGGCUUCUGGAGAAGCUUGUGGUAGCCCCGUAGCAGGCGGGCACCCAUUUCUAGAGUAAUCCUAGUUGGCUAGACUUGGAGAAAGAGGACUUGGAGAAAAAGAAACCUAGGGGCUCUCUGUAACUGCCUGGACGUUCUAGAACCAGCAGGGGAUCUUUUCCUGAGGGCUGGCAAUGUCCAGAGAGGCUCGCGUCAGUUCUGGAAGGCAAUGCCUUACCCACUGUUCCCAGCACGGAUCCAGGGUACUUCUGGAUGGCUUCACCCCAAAAAUGGAGAACUCCCCGCCCCCCCCCCCCUUCUAAUGUUGCCUCUGGUCUUUUCUAGAAGAGAAGGACAAUCCUCAGGACUGAAAGAACUUAGGGGUAGUCCACAGCAAGCACUCAUCCACUCCUCUGCUGUGUUUCUGGAGUGGUUCUAGAGAGGGCCAGGUCUCAGGCCUGUGGAGAAUCCUGCAGGGCUUCCCCAGAGGGGAUGAGGUUCUGGAAUUCUAGGAGGAUCUCAGGAAGGGACACUCAGAAGUUCAACACCUCAGCCACUGUCAGGAAGACUGGCAGAACACAGAGUAUCUGUCCUGUGAGGUGGGAAAUCUGUCCAACCUCUCAGCCUCUGAGAAAAAGAAAGACAAAGGCCCGUUUUGGAAAUUUAAAAAGAAAAAAAUAUGUUUUUUAAUGUUUAUUUUUGAGAGACAGAGACAGAGCGUGAGCAGGGGAGGGGCAGAGAGAGAG